AUACAGACACAUUUGUGACAUAAUGGGGUGUAUAAGGUUGAUCUGUCCUACAAAUAUACCACAUAAAACAUUUGUGUGUGCCUGUUUAAGCUAAGAUAACGUUCAGUUUAUCCGAAUAAGCAUGAGGAAAAGCUAAACCUGGAAACGGACUGGUUAAAUACGUUAUGAUAACGUGCGUUUUCAAUUCAACGGUGUUCUUAAUUCACAAAUUCAAUAAUGAAACGGCCAAGCAGUAACGAGGGGAACGAUAAGGAACAGAAGAGGUCUAGAGAAGAUCUAACUGCUAACUCGUCCACAAGUAUGGAAGGGCCCAGUCAGUCAAGUCAAGGUCAGCUAUGUAGAAAAAAUGGAUGUGGUUUUUAUGGGAACUCCAAGUUUGAAGGGAUGUGUUCUAUGUGUUACAAGGAUACUGUGCAAAAGAAAAAUAAUUCUGGACGUAAAUCACCAGCUGUUUCUCUUGCUUCAAAAUCACCAGAGCCAGCAUCUGCAACUACUAUUGACAAACAAGAUGGUUCAGUAGCAAACGCGAUGGCUUCCCUUGCAACCAAUGAUGUUCCAACCACAACCAUAAGUGGUACCUCCACGCCCCCCAGCAGCCCUCCUAUCUCCAUACCUACGGCAACUAACCCUGUGACCUCCCUCACUUCACCUUCACCACAGAACUCUAGUUUUGAUGAGGCGAGCACUUCAUUGGACGACAGUCAGUCUUCUCCUUCAAAACCAAAGAAGAAUCGUUGCGCGACGUGUAGGAAACGACUCGGACUUACCGGUUUCUACUGCAGAUGUGGCCAAAUAUUCUGCAGCCUGCAUCGUUACUCAGACCAACAUGCUUGUGGCUUUGAUUACAAAGCCGAUGCCCAGGCGAAGAUACGAAAAGAAAACCCAGUUAUUGUCGGCGAAAAGAUCAACAAGAUUUAAAAACUUUACUUUAUUACGUGGUCUCUCCACAAACCUGUGUAGAAAAUCUUUCGUUUUGUCCUUUUACUUUAUUAUUAGGCUGAGUGAACAUGUGUAUAUUAAACAGGAUUAAUCUGCAAGUAAUCUCACGGUUAUACCUAUUUUCUAAUAGCAUGCGAUAGAAAAUAAUGAAGACUAUUUAGUUGUAUACGUCCAAUGAAACAGUAUAAUACAUUAACCUGUAGGUUGUUUUAGUAUUCCUGUUAUAAUAACUUUCACUUGUAUAUUUCUGCUGCCCUUAAUCUCUUAAUCACACUUACAUAGCUAAUGUUUCUUCUAGGAUAACAUGGCCAUUACGCCACAAUUCCCAGCGAUAUAAUUGAUUUCUUAUUUAUUUUAUGUUGUUCGAUGUUUUUGUUGCAUAUUUUAUCAGCAGCGCGAAAUCUGCUGCAAAUUUUAAUUUCUUUUCAUGAUGACCUGAAGUGGUUUCUUUUUCUUUACUAAGGAAGCCACGAUUUCCUGCAUAUAUCUAGUAUAGCGUUAAUUGCAUGUGUGGUUUUAGAGGGUGUUUUGUUUUACUACACGCUUGGUGUCGUAUACUUGUCUUGAAGUCAUAGCUUCAGGGUGUACCACACAGCAGAGGAAUUGUUCAUGCCUCAACAUUCACAUUAUGUUUCCACACUAGUAGCUGUGUAUAGUUUUAACACCAAGGUGGGAAACGGCGCAAAUUAAUUCCCAACCUGGUGUUCUGCUUGAUCAAUAUGUGAACGCAUGCUUCUGCUCAUUGUGAUGUCAUGAUGACAACACAAUGCAUGUACAGUGAGUAAGUGAGAUGCUGAAUAAACAUUAUCUGUAGAAACUA